AUUAGGGUGCCGAAAAAUCAGUUUUUCGGUUUUCAUUGGUGGUUCGCGUGACAGUUGGCGGUCUUGAGGUAUCCGCGAAUAAUUUCUGGCUGUUGGCCAACGUUAAUUUGCAGUUCCGUCGCGAAUUCGGGCAAUCAGGCUAGUUUUUCGCGAAAUGGAUUUUCCGAGUGGCACGAAAAUGGCGGAGACCAGAAACAACACGGACAAACCUGACGUCCUGGAGGAUAGCGUCGCCAUUUUGUUUCCGUUGACUGAUGCCAAGGAUCCCCUGACUACCCUAGAAAAUGGGCCAAAAGAGGGGACCAAGGAUUACUAUCCAAACGUGGACACAUCCGUCUGGAUGAGAUCCUGCGAGAAAGAGGUGCGAGAUCCUAUUCCUGGCAAGAUCACCGGGACCAUUCCGUCUUGGUUGAAGGGCACCUUGCUGAGAAACGGGCCGGGCAGCCUGAAGGUCGGGGAGUACAGCUUCAACCAUCUGUUCGACAGUUCCGCCUUGCUGCAUCGAUUCAAUAUUGCUGACGGAAAGGUGACGUAUCAGUGCAGGUUCGUUCAGACCGACGUGUACAAGAAGAACAAAGCGGCCCAGAGAAUAGUCGUGACCGAAUUCGGCACGAAGGCUGUGCCAGAUCCCUGCCAGAGUAUCUUCCAAAGGAUCGCAGCGGUGUUCAAGCCUGGCGAUGCUUCCGAUAAUUCGAUGAUAUCCGUCUAUCCGUUUGGGGAUGAAUAUUAUACGUUUGCUGAGACGGCGAUGAUCCAUCGUGUCGACCCGGAGACCUUGGAAACAACUGGAAAGGUGAACGUAUCGGACUACGUUGGCAUCGUCAACCACACGUCCCAUCCCCAUGUGAUGAACGAUGGGACUAUUUACAAUUUGGGGACGAGCGUAACGCCACGUGGACCCUUUUACAACGUUGUCUGUUUCUCACCCAGUCAACUGAUUAUUGAUGAUGCAGGGGAAGAAAAGGAACUGUCCAUGUUCGACCAGGCCAGCAUCGUUGCCAGUGUUCCAUCCAGGUGGCUUCUGAAUCCCUCCUACAUGCACACCUUUGGUAUCACCGAAAACUACUUUGUGAUCAUUGAACAACCCCUGGCAGUCUCCUUCACCACUCUGAUGUCUUGCAAAGUGACCCAGCAACCAAUGUGCGCGGCUUUGAAGUGGCAUGAAAAUGAAAACACCCUGAUACACCUAAUCUCAAGGGACACGGGACAGUUGGAGAGGACCUUCACCAGCGAACCAUUUUUCUAUCUUCAUAUUAUCAACCAAUUCGAGACACGUGACCGUGAUUACGUUGUCCUGGAUGUUUGUUGCUACCGUGACGCCCAGAUGUUGGAUUGCAUGUUCGUCGAUGCAAUGAAGAACGCAAGUGAGAAUCCAGACUAUGCCAAGUUGUUCCGUGGCAGACCUCUUCGUUUCGUGCUGCCAAUGAAACGUCCGCAGGCAGAUGUCCCGUUGGAGUACAAUUUGAUCACGGCGAAGACGGUGAACCAGGGCCUGGAGUCUUUCCAAAACACUGACGAAUCGUUCAAUGAAGAAGGCACAAGUUCUAUAAAGGAGACUCCAGCAAGGACCAAUGAGGACAAGAAGAAUGACUACAGGAAUCUUCUUCGCAGAAAGGCAGCUGCUCACAGACUUCCUGAUGGUAGAAUCUUCGUGAAGCCAGAGUUACUCUGUGAUCUCGGUUGCGAGACACCGAGACUCAAUUAUGAGUAUUUUCUUGGAAGAGAGUACCGAUUCUUCUACGCGAUAUCCAGCGAUGUAGACUUGGAGAAUCCUGGAACGCUCAUCAAAGUAGACAUUUUGAAGAAGACGAAGAAGACAUGGUGCGAGAGAAAUGUCUAUCCCAGUGAGCCGAUCUUCGUUCCAGAUCCCAAUGGAAAGAAUGAAGAUGACGGAGUGGUGCUGAGCGCCAUGGUAUGGUCAGACAACGAGUCACAGGUGGCUCUGCUGAUUCUGGACGGCGUGACACUCCGAGAAAUCGCGAGGGCCACCUUCGACACACCUGGCCCGGUGCCAAAGUGCUUGCACGGCUGGUUCACCUUGGCCAAGUAGAGUAAACUGAGAUUACAACGCAAUGAGAAUGUUCCUUACCGCGAAACGCGACCUAAAUGUUCAGGCUUAUACCGACACGUUGCUUAGCGUUCUCGAGACCGGUGAUCUGUACUAUUUUUUUCUUUUAUCUUACGCAACUGAGACUACUCGAGUCACGGAAAUGUGCAACGCUUUUUGCACGAUUGAUUCAGAAAACAAAAAGGUUACAAGGAGGCCUAGAUAGCAUACAGUCGGCUUAAAGGCUCCUCAGACCUAAAAUAACCGUAAAAUAGACGUAUUCAAGACGUUAUGUGCUAUCUAAGAAGGGGAAUAAGAGCCAGCAUUCGCGACAUGGAUAUUUAUCGGACACAGCACAAUAUGUAAAUAAUAUAAUAAAUUAUUUAAUGUCUUCUCCCGAUAGUACAGUGUAUGUACAAGCGUGAUCGGCUUGUUUACCGGUCACGCGAGCUAAUUUUCCGGAUCAGGCGUUCGUGAUCGUAAAAUGGGAUGCAUCGUGAAACUGUUCGUCACAGAUGGAAUGUAAAAUGCCCUAUGAAACCACUGUGUGUUUGUGCGUGUGUGUCUUAAAAUUAACAAAUUGGACGGCCGUCGGCCAUCGAGCGGGACGGCGCGGUCCGUCUCUGGUCCUAGUUCGAUUAACGAUUAAUUAAGACAUCGUUUAAAUUACGCUAAGCUAUUUUAGAAUAUCUUUUACCUAGAACACGAUGCUCCUCUCCUCCACCCUAGAAUUAAUGUUUAAAAACUUUCGUUUCCUCGAAUAUGAGAAGGGGGGAGGAUCAUCGAUACAAUUGGUUUUCGCAAGGUCGUCUUAAAUCUUGGAGCAAACGGUGCUCGGUCCCAAGGUUGGCGCCACACGCAUACAGACCAGACACGGUUUUAGACCUCACGAAGACGCGAAUGAUUAUAUGCCUAGAUGACUCGAUGACAUUCGCGACUAACGGAUCAACAAUUCGAAUAAAUAGGUUUGCACAACCAUGGUCAGACAGUUACACACGCAUCCGAGGAGAAUCGUAGGUCCACGUUCCUCCUGGAUCAAUCAUCAUCAUCCAUCAAGGACGUUCACA